UUCUUAAAAAGAAGGAGGUUCACCUGUAAGAUUUUCAGGGUUAAAAAUCUGUAGAGUCCGUAACCAUGGGUUUGUAUCUACAUAUGUAUUAAUGACAGAAAUGUGGCAUUCCACAAAUAAAAACCUCUGUAUGAGUAUGUUUAAUGGCUGAAAUAUUUUUGGAAUAUUUUGAUUUUAAGUUGCAUUUUUUUACAUAUUUAAUGUUACGGACACUACAAAAUCUGCCUUCAAAUUUUGAUUUGAAAUUUCCAUUGUUUUCAAUAGCAUAUUUCCUUAUAUUUUUUCAUGGUAAAAGCAAUUUUUUUAUUGUGCAAUAUUGCAUCAUCUUUUAACUAUUGGAAAAUACCAAUAAAACGGCUGAUGCAACAAUAUUUGUGAUGAAUUAUUGCAUCAUCCAAAACAACCGCCUUUCUAAGAAAUACAACAGUCCAGCUGUAAUGAUGGAAUCAGCUAAGAAAAUGGCUUAUUUUGGGUAAUAGUCGGUCAGAUUCCAGCAAGAAGUCCUUUCAAAUGGAAAACAUUAAAGGUGUUGGUUCCAGUGAUGCUCUAGAAGAGAGCCGAAAAUCAUCACUGCGAUCCCGGAAACUUGAAAAAAAUGCUGAAAUGAAUGCUGAAAAGAAUGAAGACAUAGAAAAGAAGCAAAAGGAGAAAAACAGGCUGAAAGUCAAGGCAUGGAGAAUGCGUCAGAAAACAGAAAACUCCACAAAAUAUUCUGAAAUCAAAAAGAAAGACACAGAAAGAAAGAAGGAAGCUCGAAUGAAAGUGAAACUCAUGGCCAAUUCAGAUCCUGAAUUAAAAGCCUCCUUAAGAAAGAAAAAAGCUGAAGAAAUGAAAAGAUACAGACAGAGAAAAAAGAUGAAAACAACAUGUUCUUCUGAAGAUCCUGGUGUUAAAAAGAGUAAGAAACCGGCUCUGGAAGAAAAAAAGAAAAAAGCUGUGAAGCGAACACAAGCCUGGAGAAUGCGAAUUAAACUUAAGUCUCCUACAAUUCCAAUUGUUAACACAGUUGAUGAAAAUGACAGUCAUGGAGAAAGCAGACAGAACAAAAGUAACUUAUCCCGUGCAACAGUAUACAGACGAGCGCAAAUGGUGAAAGGCAUUCUGCCUAGGACACCAAAGAAGAAAGCCGCCAUUUUAAAGAAGCUUAUUGAGUCACCUUCAACAUCCAAAGUACUUUCUGACCAAGGAGUAACAAUGACACCAGCUUGUAAGAAGAAACUUGAAGUAGCAGAUGCUAUAGUGAAUUCCUUGAAAGAAAGUAUUUCCGAAGUAAACAUUGGUGUUCGAAAAGACAGAGAAAAGAAACAUGCAUAUGAUGUAAUACGUGAAUCAGUACUAAGGAAAUACAAACAGAUCACAGUUAGUAAAUAUUUCAAUGUGUCUUACAAGACAAGGAAGAUGAGAAAUGAAUGGUGGAAAAAGAAACAGAGAAAAACAAGAUGUGAUGUGAUAAGUGAUCAUGUGAAACAAUCAGUGAAAGAGUUCUACCUGAGUGCUGAAAUUAGCAGAGAGGUGCCAUCCAAACGUGAUGUUGUUAGAAUCAAAACUCAGACUGGUAUGUUGGUAAAGACUAUGAGCUGA